AUGACAGAAAUUGUCACUAUUAACACAAGCGUCCUUUUAUUCGAUCUUGACGGUACAUUGGUCGAUUCCACUGCUGCUGUUGAAAAGACUUGGGAAAACCAAGUGAAUCAACACAAUCAAGAGUUUCCAGACAAAUUUAUUGAUUUACCUACAUUGUUGAAUGUCUCCCAUGGAUCACGUACUGUUGAAACAUUUGCUGCUUAUUUCCCGGAAUUAAAAACUGACAGAGAUUCUGUGUAUGCAUGGGAAAUGGGUAUUGUGCAAAAUUAUGGACAUUUGGGUAAAGCAAUCAAUGGUUCAGUACAAACUUUAAUCACAUUGAAUGAAAAAAAUAAUCCAUGGGCUAUUGUUACAUCAGCCAACCCUAAAUUAGCUGGGUUUUGGUUGGACAAGUUGUUUCAUGGUGUCAAGAAACCCGAUGUUUUUAUAACUGCAAGUGAUGUAAGUAAAGGCAAACCAGACCCUGAAGGAUAUUGUACAGCAUUUGAAAGAUUGAAAAAAGUUUAUAAUUUGAAUGGGUCUGCUAAGGGAGUUGUAUUUGAGGAUGCACCUGCUGGUAUUAAGGCUGGUGUUAAUGGUGGUUUCACAGUUGUGGGCAUAGCUAGCACUUUUCCAAAAGAAGUCUUGUUACAAGCCGGCGCCACUUAUGUUGUUGAAGAUUUUACCAAAGUUAAAAUCGACCAAUCAGGGGAAGCAGUUAAACUAGUUUUAGAAACUCUUUAG